CUCCUUCCCUCGGUUGCUGCAGCGCGAUCCUUCGCCGGCUUCUGCUGGAGCAUCCUCGGCUGUCCGGCGCACCUUCGCUGCGGGGAGGCGGUUGGGAGCUGGUGCGAGCCCUGCGGAGGAAGACGAACCUUGACGGGCCCCCCCCCCCACAUCUUCUCCUCCCGUUUUUUUGGGGGUCUUUUAAAGUAUUUAGAAAGAAGAAAAGGAAAACACAUCCCGAUGGAUUGCAGCACGUUUCUCAUACUGGCUUGACUGGAUGUUUUAGUUUCUUAAACUGCCCUGGAAUUAAGCCGAUUAUUUUAUCUACCACUCUUGGUGGAUGAAGUCACCCUAAAAUUAGGUCAGGCACCCUAAAAUUUAUAUAGAUAUAGAUAUAUAUCCUGGCCCAGCCCUACAGACUGUUCAACAGUAAGAAACAAGUGGUACUGUUUCUCGAGGUACAUCCAUUAUUUUGACAGAAUAUUGGUGGGGUGUUUUUGUGACCAAAAAGGAAUUUCGAAUCAAAUGUGUGGUACACAAAAACAAUUAGGAUAAAGUGAAUGAGCCUUACAUUGAAGUUUAUGGACAUAUGCGAAGGCAUUUUGAAAGAACGUGGUGGAAGACGUUUCUAGCUUUCUAUUUAUGCUGUGUAAUAAACACUUACAGUGUUCUUAUUAGACCAAACUAGGGAUCCUUGAAAGCUGUGUUUCUUCAAACUAUCCUUUUAUUUAGGAAAUGUAACAAGAAUCUUCUUUAUUUUUAAGCAAGCAUGAAAAACUGUAUUUGACAGUAUUCUUCAUAGCCUCUGCUAAAACAAAAGUUAGAAACCUGUGCCCUAAAUGGCAUACUGUAGUUUUGUACAGUAUAUAAUUAUACAUAUUGUUACAUACAUAGUUUAGACUCGGGUUAGCAUGAGUGAAAUAGGACAGGUUUGUGGCACAAAAUGUUCUUCAUGAAAGACAGCGCUCCAGCAAACGCCUUGAAGUUUCCUGACUGCUGUGACUUUUUUAUAUGUGCCUUUUUUUUGUCUUUAUAAAACCUUUUAAGCAAUUUUGUACAUCUUUGGACCUACAAAAACAGAGCGCUCACAAUGUGGACUUUUCUGGGCAUUGCUUCCUUUAUCUAUGUCUACAAAAAAUGUGGAGAUUUGCUAAGUUAUGCCAACAAGGAGGUGCUUAUUUCCACAAUGGUGUUUUUUUCUCUUGGCUUGAUGCUCUCUUAUUGGUACCGAGUGUGGGGGCCCCAGCCGCAGAAUAAGAAGCAGCCUUAUUGUGGAAUGUUUUCCAAUUUCCUUGCUGCCUUGCCAUUCGUUGGCUUUUUCUGGACUAAAUCCCACACUGAUUCCAUGAAGAAACUGCAGCCGAAGACCAGAAAGGGUACAAGAGGAGUCAUUCCUUCACCUGACACUAGAACAGAAACCGAUUCAGCUUUGACAGCCGCUGCUCAGCCUGAUCCAGAAGUGAUCAUCGUGGGGGCUGGUGUACUUGGCUCUGCUCUGGCCACGGUGCUGGCCCGGGAUGGAAGGAAAGUGACGGUCGUUGAGCGGGAUUUGAAGGAACCUGAUAGGAUUGUUGGAGAACUCUUACAGCCAGGAGGUUAUAACACUCUAAAAGAUCUGGGCCUUCAAGAUGCUGUGGAAGGUAUAGAUGCUCAUACAAUAAAUGGCUACAUUGUUCAUAACCUUGAAAACAAGGCAGAGGUUGAGAUCCCUUACCCUUGCACAGCAGCUGGGCAAGUGCAGAACGGGAAAGCAUUUCAUCACGGACGCUUCAUCAUGGGUCUCCGAAGGGCAGCCAUGUCGGAACCCAAUGCAAAAUUUAUUGAGGGGACAGUGGUACAGUUACUUGAAGAAGAGGAAUGUGUAGCUGGAAUCGUAUAUAAAGAUAAAGAAACUGGUGAUACAAAGGAACUCCACGCACCCUUAACGGUAGUUGCCGAUGGUCUGUUUUCCAAGUUUCGAAAAAAUCUUAUCUCCAGCAAAGUGAAAGUCCCUUCUCAUUUCGUAGGAUGCAUUUUGAAGAAUUCUCCUCAGUUUAAAGCCAAUUACGCCGAGCUGGUUUUAGGAAAUCCUAGCCCAGUGCUUAUCUACCAGAUUUCUUCCAAUGAAACUCGAGUUCUUGUUGACAUUCGAGGUGAAAUGCCCAAAAAUCUUAAGGAAUACAUGGUUGAAAAGAUUUAUACACAGCUGCCAGAACACUUUCAAGAGCCUUUCCUCAUAGCAGUACAGAAUGAACGUCUGAGAGUCAUGCCGGCAAGCUUUCUUCCGCCUUGUCCUGUCAAUAAAGCAGGAGUCCUCCUCCUAGGAGAUGCUUACAAUAUGAGGCAUCCUCUGACGGGUGGAGGAAUGAGCGUUGCUCUGAAUGACAUCAAGAUCUGGAGGUGUUUGCUACAGACCAUUCCAGACCUGUAUGAAGACUCUGCUCUGCUGCAAGCCAAAAAGACCUUCUACUGGACAAGAAACAAGUCUCAUUCCUUUGUUGUGAAUGUUCUUGCUCAGGCGCUUUACGAACUAUUCGCUGCAACAGAUGAUUCUCUACACAAGCUAAGGAGAGCCUGCUUUUACUAUUUCAAGCUUGGAGGCAAGUGUGUGUCUGGUCCAGUUGGAUUACUUUCCAUUUUGUCUCCGAAGCCCAUCGUCCUGAUCGGCCACUUCUUCGCCGUUGCUCUCUACGCCACUUACUUUUGUUUCAAAUCUGAAUCUUGGAUCACCAAACCCCGGGCCAUUUUCAGCAGCCUCGCAGUGAUGUACCGAGCUUGCUCUGUCAUAUUCCCGCUGAUAUAUUCUGAAAUGAAAUGCCUCAUCUACUGAAUACAGAGGGGCAAAGAGACGGGAAGAGCAACUGCUUGGAUUUCUUCACAUCUUUCGGACGUGUCCUGUCUCUUAAGUCGAAAAGACAACAGCAGCAACAAAACUGUGGGCCUGGGAUGAUCUUGCAGUGGCGCUUUGAGGUUUAUAAGCACAUAGAUAAUCUUGUCAAACAAGGGUAUGUUUAAAAAAAACCCCAAACCACCAUUCUAAUCCAAGGGAGCAAGAGAGGGUCACAACAGGUUACUUCCAAGAGUAAGUAAGUAUCUAGCAUGUUACGGGAGAUUGCCAAGUGCUUCCCUUUCCUUGCCCCCUCUGACUUUUGAGGCCAGAACUUACCAAAAAACAACAACAAUUAAUGUAAUUUCUAGAACUGCUGAUCUGAACUAUGAGUGUAUUUCCAGAAAUCACAGCUUAGAAACCCUCCAGACUCUGUUCACAUUUUUUCUAGGCCUACAGAACUGGCUUAUUUUCUUUUGCCCUGACCAGCUGCUCUUCUUCUAUUUUCUAUUUUGGGUGUGUGUAUGUGUGCGUGUGUGACAAAGAAAUGGGAGUUUGUUCAGCCCCUUAACUGAACAAAGUUAAGUUAAUAGUCAGGGACUUAACCAACAACAGCAGUCAUAGUUAUCCUGCCAGGAGGUUACGAAUCGAAAAUGGAUGAUUUUGCUUAUGUUGGCACUGUAAAGCAAACAUGGCUGACAUCGUACUGUUCUUAGACCACAGGUUAAAACCGGCUUAUUUAAAUGACCUUCCAAAUUGGUUUUGUAGAAAGAAACUGGAAAAAGCAUUCCCCCUAAUGUCUUGGUUUUUUUUUUUUUUUUACAAAAAAUAUAGGGUAUUAUUUAUUUAUGGAGGAAUGCUGGCUGAGCUUCCACUGUAGCCUGAAAUGAUACAGCCCAAGGCUUCAGGAAGAACUUAGCCAAUGCUGAGAUUGAUGGGGUACGACUGCAUGGAAUUCUAGAUGCCUUCAUAUUGUCGGCUUCAUUAGAACUGUCUCGUUUUGAGAGAACUAGGGUCCUCAAGAUGUUGUACUAGAGCUUUCAUAAAUAAGUGUUGGCUGGGGCUGAUGGAACUUGGAACUGCAACAUCUCAAAGCAAGGUGUAUGGCAGAGGAGAAAUUAGAAGGAGCAGUGAUGUCUAUGUAUGGCAAUAUCUCCAUUCUGUCGGAUUUCUGGGAAGGGACUCAAGCAUCCUGAUGGACAAAAAGAUUCAGCUAUGGGUAUACUGAGAUAAACAGGGUUAUGUGUCUGUGUUCACAUACAUAAAAAUGCACACACAUUUGUACAAAUAAAGUUUCUAAGAGCGAUAUUGGCAACAACCCUUUUCAGCUACUGUAACAGUGAUAGCUAAAACGGCAGUAUAAACGGCACUGCCUUGUUGCGUUAAUAAAAUAAAUCAAACUAAGGAGGUCAGCUCAAUCAAUUUUUAAAAAAAGCAUCCGCAGCUCUUACGUGUAUAUUUCUUCACUGAUAUUUUCUGGUGUUGAGCUUUUCUGUCAAGUAACAUGUAAACAUAUAUUCCAUGAAUAUACUGUGUUUUUGUUUCAAGCUCUGGUACAUAUUCUAGGGAUCUUCUCCAUUUUCUUUUCCAUUCAAUUAUAGAAAGAAGGGGAAGAGUCUUCUGGCAGGUCCAAAAACAUUUUUUUUUUGAGGGGUGCGCGCGUAAGGGUUUUGUUUUUAAAUGGGUGCCAGGAAUAGGCAGUGCCAAGACAAACAUUGAUUCAAUUGGAAUUAAAAAACAAACCAGUACCACUACAGGGUGUCAUUGUAAGUUUUCAAUAUAUAUUAUUGUUGUUACAUUAAAGUGUGCAACUUUUAACCUUUGGGGAAGAGGGGUGAACUUCUACAUUCUCGUUAUUGUUAUAGCCCAGAACUUAUAAUAAAUUCUUGCUUUUCUGAUC